AACAUGUUAUCGUCUGUCCUGCUGCUGCUGCUUCUGAUCAGCGGGUCACAGGCUGAUUAUUAUGGCUUUGUGUACAGCUACUCAGCUAAAGACCUCCAAGCAGGUGGAUUCCCGACCGUGGCUCGCUACCUGUACAGCUUCAGCACAUGUGCAGAGGUUGAUGCACAGGUUUGUGGAAACGGCUGCAAUUUUUCAGAGAUAACCUUGAACAAAAUCCAGGAAAUCAGCGGCGAAUGGUGUCAGAAAGAAAGACUGGUUACCAGUGUGAAUAAUGGGAGCCAGCUGAGUCAGUUUGGGUUUUCUGGUGGGAACUGGACAGACAACAGGAAUGGGAUUGCUUCGUUCAGAGUCCAAAUGCAGGAUGAGGGAGGAAUCCGCUCCGAUACCGGCAAACCCAACACAUCUCCACUGACCACGGUCCUUCCUGUUCUGAGAGUUCCUUCUAAUUGUCAGAGAAACAUCAGCCUGUUGGCAUUUGACCCGGAUGGAGAUGAAAUAAGAUGCAGAGAUGCACAAAAUGCAUCCGAGUGUGACGUCUGCACACCGGCACCUGUCAUCGACCUCUCAUCCUCGUGUGCUCUGACAUUCAGCCCCACCAGCAGCAGUAAUGAAGGUUCGUACGCUGUGCAGCUCAUGAUGGAGGACGUUGCCGGACAGACGAUCACCUUGACUCAAGCAAAUGGUGGAAUGUCACAGAGGUACACAGGAGACGUCCUCAACAAGAUACCUGUCCAGUUUGUUUUUAAAGUUGAUCCUGUUGCACCGUCCUGCACUGAAGGCGUCUAUCUGCCCAGAUUCCUGCCUCCAACUCCAGACAAUGGGGCAAAAAUCAGCACCACCAUCAAUCAGACCCUGGAAAUCACUGUCAGGGCCGAAGCAUCGCAGUCUGAGAUCACUGACCUUCUGUUCAGCGGCCCGUACAAUGUGAUCAGGAGCGAAUCAGGGUCGGGAACCUUCACCCUGACAUGGACGCCAUCUGACUCUGAAGGAGGACUUAGCCAUCCCAUCUGCUUUGUUGUCCGGGCAAACUUCUCCAGCUCCGUGUUAACCUCUGACCUUCGCUGCGUCGUUGUGACGGUUGCAGAAAACUCGGCUGCAGCUGUAACUACAACCGGACCCACUACCAGUACACCAACAGCUGCAGUGGGCAUAACAACAGCCCGACCACCAACGACCAGCACUACAUCCAUCAGUACCGCUGCAAACCAAACAACACCUGAACCCGGACCAUAUUAUGUUAUUGCCCUGAAUGCAAAGAUCUCAGCCACCGUGUCACUGAUAAAUGAUAAGGAGGCCCUCGCCCAGCUGAUUAAGGAAGAACUGAUUAGCUAUGGGCUGCCACAAACCAUCAGCAUUAGGAUCCUGAGCAGCGGUUCAUUGGAAGUAAAAAAUGCCACAUAGUGGCGACUUCUUGCAGGAAAAUGGUUUUAGUGACUCGUUGAUUCAGGAUUUUAUUUUUCACACUCUGUAAUCAACCACAUUUAUGAAGCUUUCUGCAUGAUGAUGAACAUCAAAAUAUUCGAUUUCAUUUUGAUUUUACAUGGCUUAGCUGGGAAUGAAUGUUAGACUG